AUGAGUCAGACAACCGGUUUUGCUCAAUUUAUGAAUGAGAUGGAGUCAGUGCAACUAUCAGAAGGUAUGGAUGUUUGGCAUAGCAAAUUAGAUGCAGAUGGUAGAUUCACUGUAGGGGCAUUGAGAAGAGCAAUUGAUAAAAUGCGUGAGCCCCAUAUACAAUUACCUGACUUCACAUGGUCCAAUGUCGUGCCCAUUAAGGUCAAUUGCUUCAUUUGGAGGGCGAUUCAAAGGAGGAUACCAACGCUAACGGCUCUCAGGGAACGCGGAGUAGAGACUCUCACAAAUUUUUGUAGUGCAUGCAUUAAUGAAAAAGAGGAUGUAGAUCACCUUCUCAUCUCAUGUCCCCAUGCGGUUACUAUCAGGGAGAUACUUUUUCGGUGGUGUGGUAUUCCCAUUACAGAUUUUCAUUCAGUGAUUGAACUACAUGAAUUCAUCAAUAAUUGGGGACAAAAUGUUAGGCGCAGAGAUAGACUCAGAGCAGUGUGUUAUGGUCUCUUAUGGGGGGUCUGGAAAUUUCGGAAUGAGAGAGCCUUUAACAAUGUUUUUUAUAGUCCCUCACAAUGUGCUGAUAGGAUAAUUUCUAUGGUGCAUCUCUGGAGUAAAAGCAGGAGUAAAUGUGGUUCUAUAGCCUGGGAGGAAUGA